UGAGAAGGGCAUCUGGCGGCCAGCGUGGAAAGCAGCACAAACACAACAGGAGCAACAGCUGAUUGGCAACGUGAAAGGACUCUUCAAAGGAGGCAAUGGCAGAGGGGAAAUAAAAAGGAAAGUGAGGAGUCCAUAUGGAAGGCAGUCAGGGCGAGGGUUGGACACGUGACCUCCGAGGCGCCACCUUCAUGAUGAUGCAACUGUCACCCCUCACAUUGGCCAUAGAUGAGACUUAGUCAGUGUAUACCUUCACUUUGUACUAAUGUUCCUUGGGAGACUGUUACGAAAGGGUACAUUCAUAGAUAUCAUGAUGACAGUCUGAUAACCUGUGUGUGUGUGUGUGUGUGUAGCUAAUAAGAUGCCCAGCCCGCCCCGUACCCAGACAGUGUGGCCGCCUGUCUGUUGCUGAGCAGUGUGAUUGCCUGGCCUUGUGUGGCACGUAGAUGAUGAAGGUAGUGGGAGUUAUUGGAGCGGGGGCGGCUGGGCUCUGUGCUGCCCACCACAUCUCUGCCACACCUGGCAUGACACCUGUUGUGUGGGAGAAGGCAGCCAAGGUGGGAGGCACCUGGGUGUACACGCCACAGGUGGGAAAGGAUGAACAUGGCCUGCCAAUCUUCUCCAGCAUGUACAAGAACCUUAAAACCAACUUGCCCAAGGAGGUGAUGCAGUUCCCCGACUUUCCCUUCCCAGAGCAGGAAGAAUCCUUCCUCCACCACACUGACGUCCUCGGUUACCUGGAGGACUAUGCCAAGCACUAUGAACUGCACCAGUACAUCAAGUUUGGGUGUAACGUGGAGGAGGUGAAACCAGUGGAACAAGACGAGGAACCCACAAGCUGGAGUGUUACUGUGAAGGACCUUGAGGACUCCACCACCACCACCACUGUCUGUGAUGCCAUCUUUGUGUGCAAUGGCCAUUACUCUGUGCCAAAGAUCCCAUCAAUAAAGGAUAUUGAAAAGUUCCAUGGACGUCAGACUCAUAGCCAUGAUUACCGGGAGCCUGAGCCUUUCAAGGGGGAGAGGGUGGUGAUGCUGGGUGCUGGACCGUCUGGCUUGGAUAUCUCACUUGAGGUGGCUGCUGUGGCCAAGGAGGUCAUCCUCUCUCAUAACCACCCCAUCCAAAUUCCUUCGGAGUUGCCAGCCAAUGUUCGACAGACGCGAGGGAUUGUGGCAGCACAUGAGAAUGGCUUCAUCUUUGGUGAUGGGUCUCGAGCCGAGGCUGAUGUCUUAAUGUACUGUACAGGGUAUGAGUAUACAUUCCCAUUCCUCUCGGAGAAGUGUGGAGUGACUGUGGAAGACAGCAUUGUCAAGCCACUGUACAAACAUAUCAUCAACGUUAACCACCCCACCAUGGCCUUCAUUGGAAUUCCCUCCCAGAUUGUCCCCUUCCCUCUCUUUGACAUCCAGGUGCAGUAUUUCAUCAAGACUGUAAAACAAGAUAUUGCUUUACCCAACAAGACAACAAUGGAGCAAAGCAUUCAAGCAGCUUUUGCUGAUCACUGGAAUAAGGGUCAAGCAACUAGGCAUUUUCACAAAUUAGGAAAGAAACAGUGGAAUUACAAUAAUGACUUGGCUGCGUUGGCCGGUAUUCCACCUCUGCCUCCGUAUAAUGAGAAUCUUUAUGAUUUUGUGUCACAACAUCGUAAAAAGGAGCUCAUGUAUUAUAAAAACAUGAGUUUCAAAAUAACUGGCCCAGAUACAUUCCAGCAUCUGAAAUGAAGAGUGUUGAAUUUAUCAUGUAAUUAAAUAGUUUUCUGAACAUUGUAACACUCGAGUCUGGUGUGGCCUUAUGACUGCUGACUUUGUUUUGUUAGCAGUUGAGUAACAAAAAGACUCUAAUCUGUGAUGAGACCUUAACCUGUUGACCCACCUGUGUGACCUCUUUGCCUUAGUGUGGGGAUCAUUGAUCAGAUUUGAGACCCAGCAAAAUUCCAAGUGGUUGCUAGCAUAGUGCAACUAGACCUAGCACUCUCAAGGGAAAUCUGACAAGUAUGUACAUUGUAAGGUCUAAGAAAGCUAAAGAUAGUCAGUCAUCACCAUCAUCAUCAUCAAAUGGGAACAUAUGCCAGGGUUAUUAGUAAAAAUGAUUAUACAUUGUAGGAUAUUUGCUCAAGGAAAUCAUAGUUAGCUUUAGUGAAGGAAGAUCGGAUAGUUUUAAAUAUAAAAGUUGGUUAAUUUAUUUGUAUUCAUGAAGUAUUAAAUAGAAGCUUUGGGAAUGGCUAGAGUAUGUUAUUAUUGCUUAGUUAUUUGUAUAUAUGUAAAUAUUGUACUAUACUUUUUACUAAUGUCAUGUGCAUAUUUCUACUAACCAAGUGCUUUCAGUAAUUCAGGAGUGGUAUUAAUCUUAUUCAUUACAGUAGAUGUCUAUCAAUAUUUCAACACCUUUUAUCAUUGAUUAGUCUACAAUCCUGCCAUCAUCUGUGAUUGAAAUACACGCUGAUGUAUUUCACAUGUCAGAUAUCUUUUUUUUAGUAAACAAAGGUGUGAAUACAGGUAGAUCACUCAGUAUGUCAAUGAAAGGCCCUAAACAAGAGAUAGUUAAUAGAAUGACAAGACAGUGCUAGUUGACUUUUUAUAAGUAAGGGCUGGUGAUUAUCACUCCAAAAUUGGCAGCUUGUCUUGUCCCGCUGGGGCCCAGAACAUAAAGGGUUUUAAGAAGCUUUUUUAGGCUAAGUGUAUGCAUCAUGUUGGUUGAAAAAAAGGGCAUCUGUUAUUUGAGCAAUUAGGUGAGAAUGUAAGAAAUAUAUAUGAUAGUUUAGCUGAUAUUAACUGUGCCUUUACUCUGAGUUCCUCUAGUCUGAGUGGCAGGGGUUCCUCUAUUAUGAGUGUUAGGUGCAUUUACAGAGUAAGAUGUAUCCUACUAUAUUUAUCUAUCUUAUACAGGUCAAAAGCAUUAUUUUUUUCUCAGUACUGUGGAAAUCUAUAGGACAAAUAAAAGGAAAUUUCUUAAAUC